GCAGGGGGUAGCAGCUGAAAGAGCUGGGUAGUUUUACAGCAGGGAGAUGGAGGGGGUGGAAGCCCUUAUGGGAUAGCAGGUUACAAUCAUGGCUGGUGGAGGAGUUCAGGGAGUCAGCCAACUAAAGGAGUACUUGUCCAGUCCACCCUUCCUAUGAUUAAACCUAUGGAUCUUAGCGAUCCAUGUACUGCUUCAGCACGACAGAAACUGGGGAGAAUGUUCUGGGUCGGCUCAGGUCUGUGAGAAAGCCACAAAAGCUUAGGGGAGUAUCCCUAAGACAAUAACCCUGUUGACUGCAAUGAAGACCUCUCAUGGUGAUAUUUGAAAAGCUUGCAAUAGGGCCAUCACUGACUUGGGUGGGGGCUAAGGUGCACAGUUGACAGCCCAGAGGUUGCAAAUUCAAGGCCAAAGCAGAAGCACGGAUGGUGCAGCCUGUCAGAUUCCAAUGAAUCUGCAAAUUCUGCUAAAUACCUUGUCAGAAGGACACAAAAAAGGAAAGGGCUGACCAGAGUUGCAUUAAGACAGCUAAAAACCCCUUUCAGGCCCCAGGAUUGCCCCACUGUCAUGUCAGACCCAUGGUGCAGAUUGUGGAGGCACUGGGACUCUAAAAAGACACAUCAGCAUGUUGAAAAUGUGUUCAUAAUUGCAAUCAUUGAGCAACCUUAAUACAGGGGUCAGCACUGCCCUCAUUUAGUGACGACUAACAUGAGCCUUACUGCUGUUUACCAUGCCUGGUGGGAAACUUGCUUGCGUCCCCAUGGCUUCCUCAUACCUCAGCUUGCAGUACUGGGAGUCACCACUCCUUUGCGUAGUCAAGCUAUUUAAGCAGAGCACCCUGAAGAAUGCAUCUCACAGGGAAGGAGGCAGGUCUGCAUACUGCAUUGGUUUUUCCAGCACCCAGCGCAGUCUGAAGUGCUGCCUGAAGUGAUCCUGUUACCAUGGCUUCCCAGGGUCAGGUCAUUUUCUGGAGCACGAUCACCGUCAUCCUAAUUCUCGCAGCAGUGAUUGCACUGAUCAUCGGCUUUGGAGUUUCAGGUAGACACUCCAUCAGCGUCACUGCUUUGACCUCUGCUGGGAACAUUGGAGAGAACAGCAUCUUGGGCUGCACAUUUGAGCCUGACAUCAAACUCAGCAAUGUUGUAAUUCAGUGGGUAAAGGAUGGUGUUGCUGGGCUGGUCCACGAGUACCGAGAUGGCAAGGACCAGCUGCACAGCCAGGACGAGACUUUCCAGGGCCGUACGGCAGUCUUUGCAGAGCAGGUGAUUAGUGGGAAUGCAUCCCUGAUGCUCAGAGAUGUGCAGCUUUCUGAUGCUGGCACCUACCGCUGCUCUGUGACCACAUCCAAAGGGAAUGGAGAGGCAGUGUUGGAGUAUAAAACUGGAGCCUUCAGCACUCCAGAGGUGCAUGUGGAUUACAACAGCAGUUGGGAGACCCUGCGGUGCGAGGCACCCCGGUGGUUCCCUCAACCGGUGGUUAUGUGGACCUCACCCAAUGUCACGGGGAACAACCUCUCUGAGGUUGUCAACACCAGCUUCAAGCUGAACUCAGAGAAUGUGACUAUGAAGGUGGUGUCCUUUCUGCACAACAUCACCGCUAAUACCACCUACACCUGUGUAAUCAAGAAUGACAUCGCCAAAGCCACGGGGGACAUCCAAGUGACAGUUUCCAAUGUCACAAAGAAGAUAAAAGUGCAGCUUAUAAACCUGAACAUGGCAUCAGCUUCCUCAUCUCCUCCUGCCCUUCAUUGGUUGCUUCUUCCCUUCCUGUUCUUGUUGUCUUUGUAAUACUGACCUGCCAGGAAGAAGUGCACAGAGGAGAUACAAGUGGAAGACAGACACCACAUUGCACCUGCCUUCUCUCUUGGACUGGAGACCUGCUACAGCUACCUGCAGCCCUUGGGGCCAGGUGGCAGUCCUGAUUCGAAGUUCCUCCUCCUGCUGCUCAGUUUGCUUUGCUGCUGCUGCCGGUUCUGUUUGCCCCUGGCCAUGGGGGAGCUACUGGCUUCUGUGCAUCCCUGGCCUGUUUUUUACAUACUUGCUCUCUGGCAUCUGAAAGGUGAGGAAUUCCACCAAGACAAGUUAGUGGACGGAGUUGUGACCAGGGGCACUGGAUGCAUUUCCUUGCUUAGAAUAACUCCAUGCUCCAAACUGGUGGGGAAUGUUCUCUCCAUGGUCCCACCUGGAGAAAAGGUUUUCCACGUUGGAUCCGAUCAUCAGUCCCUCAAAUUCAGGACUCUAGCAGAGUAAGCAAAUUUUAUAUUCUUUUCUCUUAAAAUGGCCAAUUUUAUUUGCUUGCCCAUUCUUCCCUGAUCUCUUGUAAUUCUGUGGAUGUGCCAAUAAAA